UUAAAUCUCUCAACCCUCUUCUUUCAACUCCACUCUAAAACCUUCGUUCAUCCUAAGGUUGUCCACCUUCUCUUCUUCUUUUUCCCUGAGUUUCCUUUUAUUUUUCUUCAAAACCUUCCAAUUUCUUCCAGUUUUCUGGUUUUAAUUUCCUUUCCCUGUUGCAAACUUCGAUCUUCAUCAUCUGGAUAAAUAAAAUUAAAAAUGAGUGCUCAAGAAAAAGACAUGGCGGCCACAAAGUUUCAGAAAAGCUACUUUGAUGUUUUAGGUCUUUGUUGUUCAUCGGAGGUUCCUCUCAUAGAGAACAUCCUUAAGUCUCUUGAUGGUGUUAAAGAUUUUUCAGUCGUCGUCCCAACCAGAACAGUCAUUGUCGUCCAUGAUAAUCUCACCAUUUCUCAGCUUGAAAUCGUGAAGGCACUGAAUCAAGCAAGAUUGGAGGCAAAUGUGAGAGCAUAUGGAGGGGAAAAUUACCAGAAAAGAUGGCCAAGUCCAUAUGCAGUUGCUUCUGGAAUAUUGCUUGCUCUAUCAUUUUUCAAAUAUUUGUAUCAUCCAUUUCGUUGGUUGGCUCUUGGAGCUGUUGCAGUUGGCAUUUGUCCCAUUAUUCUCAAAGGCUUUGUGGCUCUAAGAAAUUUAAGGCUUGGGCAUGUCAACAUACUUAUACUCAUUGCAGUGAUAGGUACAAUUGCUAUGAAUGAUUAUACAGAAGCUGGUACAAUUAUCUUUCUUUUCACCAUUGCAGAAUGGCUUGAGACUAGGGCAAGCCACAAGGCAACUGCUGUAAUGUCACAACUGAUGAGCAUAGCUCCUCAAAGGGCUGUAAUAGCCGAAACUGGAGAAGAAGUUGAUGCUGGGGAGGUGAAGUUGAACACUGUGCUUGCAGUUAAAGCAGGUGAAAUUAUACCUAUUGAUGGAAUUGUUAUAGAUGGCAGCUGUGAAGUCGAUGAGAAAACCUUAACGGGGGAGUCAUUUCCUGUGGCCAAGCAAAAGGAUUCCACUGUUUGGGCUGGCACCAUCAAUCUAAAUGGUUACAUUUGUGUAAAAACUACUGCUGUAGCUGAAGAUUGUGUGGUGGCUAAAAUGGCAAAACUUGUGGAAGAAGCUCAGAAUGGCAAAACUAAAACCCAAAGAAUCAUUGAUAAAUGUGCCCAGUAUUAUACUCCAGGUGUUAUAAUUAUAUCAGCGUGUCUUGCGGUGAUUCCAGCUGCACUAAGAGUUCAUAACCGCAGCCACUGGUUUCAUUUAGCAUUGGUUGUUUUAGUUAGUGCGUGCCCUUGUGCUCUAAUCCUCUCAACACCAGUUGCCACUUUCUGUGCACUUACAAAAGCUGCAAGUUCUGGUCUUCUCAUCAAAGGAGUAGACUAUCUUGAAGUUCUUGCCAAAGUUAAGGUCAUGGCCUUUGACAAAACUGGAACCAUUACAAGGGGUGAAUUUGUGGUCUCUGAAUUUCAAUCUCCCAGUGAAGAGAUAAACUCAAACACCUUGAUGUACUGGGUAUCAAGCAUUGAGAGUAAGUCAAGCCAUCCAAUGGCAGCCGCAUUGAUUGAUUUCGGAAGGUCUCUUUCUAUUGAGCCAAAGCCUGAAAGUGUUGAAGACUAUCAGAAUUUUCCAGGAGAAGGAAUUUAUGGGAAGAUUGAUGGGGAAGAAAUUUACAUUGGAAACAGAAAAAUUGCACUGAGAGCAGGAUGUGAAACAGUGCCAUCUGUGGAAGGAGUUAAGAAGGAAGGAAGCACCAUUGGAUACAUAUACUCUGGAGCAACCCUUGUUGGAGUUUUUGGUCUCUCAGAUACGUGUCGAACAGGGGCUGCUGAAGCAGUCAAGGAUUUGAACUCGAUGGGAAUUAAAACUGCUAUGCUUACAGGAGAUAAUCAAGCAUCGGCUAUGCAUACACAACAACAGCUAGGAAAUUCUCUGGAGGUGGUCCAUUCUGAACUUUUACCAGAAGACAAGGCAAAAAUCAUCACAGAAUUUAAGAAAGAAGGGCCAACUGCCAUGGUUGGGGAUGGUGUAAAUGAUGCACCUGCAUUAGCUACAGCUAACAUUGGUAUAUCUAUGGGAAUUUCAGGUUCGGCACUAGCAACUGAGACAGGGCAUGUGAUUCUUAUGUCAAAUGACAUUAGAAAAGUUCCAGCGGCUAUCAAACUCGCGAGGAAAGCUCAUUGGAAAGUAAUACAGAAUAUUAUUUUGUCGAUGUCUACCAAGGCUGCUAUCCUUGUCUUGGCCAUUGCCGGCCACCCACUUGUUUGGGCUGCAGUUCUUGCUGAUGUUGGGACAUGCCUACUGGUGAUCCUUAAUAGUAUGCUAAUAUUGAAAGGAACUCAUAGACAUGGAGGUAAAGGCUGCAAAUCUUCAUCUCGAUCGCAUAGUCAGAAACAUGGAGGGAGAUGUUGUGAAACUUCAGCUACAUCGCAUGAUCACAAACAUGGAGGAAAGAAUUGCAAAUCUUCAGCAGCGCUGCAUAGCCGCAAACAUGGAGGAAAGUGUUGCCAAUCUUCAGAAGAAUCACAGAGUACUCAUCAACAUAUGCAUAGCCACAAACAUGAAGGAAAGUGUUGCCAAUCUUCAGAAGAAUCACAGAGUACUCAUCAACAUAUGCAUAGCCGCAAACAUGAAGGAAACUGUUGCCAAUCUUCAGAAGAAUCACAGAGUACUCAUCAACAUAUGCAAAGCCACAAUCAUGGAGGAAAGUGUUGCCGAUCUUCAGAAGAACCACAGAGUACUCAUCAACAUAAGCAGCAGCAUUGUUGCCGCGGUAACAAAUCUCAGAAGGGCUGUGAGCCUAAGCAGAGCUCUUGCUGUUCCAGUAACUCAUGUGCGGCUAAUCAGAAGCACAAUGACUGUGUGGUUAGUGAUGCAACACAUGAGGCAAAGAAGCACUGUAAUUCUGGGAAUUGUAGCAAGGAUGAUCAUGAUCUCGAGGCGCAAAAGACUCACAUUCAUGGUUGUUCAUCAGUAGAAACUCAAGAUAAGUAUGUAGAAGAUCACUGUCAUCAUGGACAUUGUGACAAUGAACCUCAUGAAAACAAGCAUAGUCAUUGCAGCAAAACCGUUGUCACGAACCAUGCAGAAAAUGACAUAGGAAAAGCAAUAGAAAGCAUCUGUGCUCAUCAUAGCACAGAAGGGCUUCACAGAAGGGCUUGUUGCAAUGUCAGUGAUAAUGCCCUGGGAACAGUUGCCAUGAGUAGUUGCAUCAGUUUGGAGAAGAGAGAAAUAAGUGCUUGUUGCAAAAACUACUACAUGAAGCACUGUUGUACAAAGAAUGGACAUUUAGGAGCUGGGUUUGGAGGAGGUUUAACUGAAAUUGUCACAGAAUAGAUUUAUCUGGCUAACUUUCAAUAAACUUAUGAUCUUAAAAGAAAGAUUUUGUAAUUGCUAGCAAAAUUAAUGGAAAUGGCUAGUCAGAAGCAAUUUUAUAA